UUACAGUAGUCGAAAAUAUGCUCACAGUCACCAUGCUUCGCUUAGUUUGUACCUCUACAGUUAUUCCCUUCGCUGCAGUUGGUGCAAUCGCCUCUCCGAAAAUUCGCUUUCUAUCCAUCGGUAAUGCUUUGAGAGAGAGCCCCAUCGUUUCCGGCCGCCACUUCUCCUCCGAUUCUGGCAACCUCAUUGGCCGUAGAAUCGUCGGAGCCAUAAAAUCCCAAAUCAAAUCCCUCGAGUUGGACAUCGUGAAAACUAGUGGUUUGCCGGCCGAUCUCCCGUUCACGGUCGAAGACGACGAUCGAUACUGCCACAUCAUGUUGAAAAGGGAAUUGGGGGAUGAGAGAAUCGAAGUCACCGUGAACCCGGUCCACGACGUACCACAAAACAACUCGUCAGAAUCCGAGGCGCCAUCCGUUCGCAUAAACGUGUCCAUCUCAAAAGAAAACAAGGGAACAUUGGACUUGGGAGCAAAUGUCUGUGCUGAUCUAGUUUCUGUGAACAAAAUAUCAUUUUCUGAGCCCAAUACCUAUGUUCCUUCCCUCAGCUAUCACACGGAGGCGGCCGAGGCUGAUGACUUGGAGGAAGCUUUGUAUUGGUUUGUUAGAGAUAGAGGUAUUGAGGCAUCAAAUGUUGGCUUCUUGUACAAAUAUAUGGUGGAGAAACGCAGACGUUGGGGUACGGUGUGGGUGCCCGGCCGGAAGCCGGAAACCGAUGACCUCAAGAAAUUGAUGAAAUUCGUUGAGGAUUGGCACAAGACUACUACUACAUCUACAUAGACCAUACGAGUAUU